UCCCACCCGCUCUUUCUUCCCUCCUUUCGCGUGUUUUAGAAUGGCUACUCGCAAGGAAUCAACUUCGACACCAACUGCCCCGAUGGCUUCCACGUCUCCGGGAGCAACUUUGGAUUCUCCUGUGAAGCAAAUUCAGAUCGAGGGUCUGGUGGUCCUGAAGAUGAUCAAGCAUUACCAGGAGGAGGGCCAGGGCAGUGAGGUGGUUCAGGGUGUGCUACUGGGCCUGGUGGUGGAGGACCGGCUAGAGAUCACCAACUGUUUCCCCUUCCCUCAACACACCGAGGACGACGCUGACUUUGAUGAAGUCCAGUACCAGAUGGAGAUGAUGCGUUCUCUACGUCAUGUGAACAUUGACCAUCUUCAUGUGGGCUGGUACCAGUCAACCUAUUAUGGAUCAUUUGUCAGCCGGGCCCUGCUAGACUCUCAGUUCAGCUACCAGCACGCCAUCGAGGAGUCUGUUGUGCUCAUUUACGAUCCCAUUAAGACAGCCCAGGGCUCCCUGUCCCUGAAGGCUUACAGGUUAACACCCAAACUGAUGGAGAUCUGCAAAGAGAAGGACUUCUCAGCUGAGGGAUUGAAGAAGGCCAUGAUUGGUUUUGAGCACAUGUUUGAGGAGGUUCCCAUUGUGAUCAAGAACUCCCAUCUGAUCAACGUUCUGAUGUGGGAGCUAGAGGAGAAGUCAACUGUGGCCGACAAACACGAGCUGCUCAACCUCUCCAGCAGUAACCACCUGGAGAAGUCUCUUCAGCUCCUGAUGGACAGAGUGGAUGAUAUGAGUCAGGACAUCGUCAAGUACAACACCUACAGCCGUAACCUCAGCAAGCAGCAGCAGCAGAAACACCAGUAUACCCAGCGGCGCCAGCAGGAGAAUGCACAGAGACAGACCAGAGGAGAGACUCCUCUACCGGAGGAAGAUGUCACCAAGAUGUUCAAACCUCCCCAGCCCCCUCCUCGCAUGGACACUCUCCUCAUCGCAGGGCAAAUUAACAAUUACUGCCAGAAUGUGAAGGAGUUCACCUCUCAGAACCUUGGCAAGCUCUUCAUGGCUGAGGCCCUUCAGGGACACAACAGCUAGAAGAGGAGGAAGAGGAGGAGAUGGAGAUGCCCCUCCCACCCAAUCAGAAUGAUCAAUAUAGGCCUGUGUUCUAAAUGGUACCCUAUUCCAUUUAUGGUGCACUACUAGUCAAAACUAGUGCACUAUGUAGGGAAUAGGGUGCCAUUUGGGACGCAUCCUAUGACUGGAGGAUUGAUGUGAUGAUGCGAGAUUUAAAAAAAAACGUUAAAAAACCUGCAUGUUUUUUUUAAAACAACAUUAUUAUUAUUCAUUAUUAAGAAAGCAUAUUCCAGGUUCUCCAGAGAAAGAUUUUGAGUUUGAAUAUUAUUGUAACUUAAUAAAAGCUUUGCAUCUCCCCCCAUUA